GGGGCGGGGGGCGAGGGCGCUGCCUCGGGCCCUGCGGGCCGCCGGGAGCCGUCAGGCAGCGGCCGUGUGCGCCGCGCUCCUGUCCUAGGCCCGCGUCUCGGGGACGCUAAUCCGCAGAAGCUUUCCCGAAGGCUCAGGUGUGGCGGGCGGGGCGGCGUCGCCAGGACAUGGGGGAGCCGGUUUGCGCUGCUGAAUCAUUUUUCUCGUGGCCGUAUGACUUGUCAGCUUCUACAUUCUCCCCUGAUGGAAGAGUUUUUCAAGUUGAAUAUGCCAUGAAAGCUGUAGAAAAUAGUAGUACAGCUAUUGGAAUCAGAUGUAAAGAUGGAGUUGUUUUUGGGGUUGAAAAAUUAGUCCUUUCUAAACUUUAUGAAGAAGGUUCUAAUAAACGACUUUUUAAUGUUGAUCGACAUGUUGGAAUGGCAGUAGCAGGUUUGUUGGCAGAUGCGCGUUCUUUAGCAGACAUUGCGAGAGAAGAAGCCUCCAACUUUAGAUCUAACUUUGGCUAUAACAUUCCACUAAAACAUCUUGCAGAUAGAGUCGCCAUGUAUGUACAUGCAUAUACACUCUAUAGUGCUGUUCGACCAUUUGGCUGCAGUUUCAUGCUCGGUUCUUAUAGUGUGAAUGACGGUGCACAACUUUAUAUGAUUGACCCAUCAGGUGUUUCAUAUGGUUAUUGGGGCUGUGCCAUUGGCAAAGCCAGGCAAGCUGCAAAGACUGAAAUAGAAAAGCUCCAGAUGAAAGAAAUGACCUGUCGGGAUGUUGUUAAAGAAGUUGCAAAAAUAAUUUAUAUAGUACAUGAUGAAGUUAAGGAUAAAGCUUUUGAAUUAGAACUCAGCUGGGUUGGUGAAUUAACUAAAGGAAGACAUGAGAUUGUCCCUAAAGAUAUAAGGGAAGAAGCAGAAAAAUAUGCUAAGGAAUCUUUGAAAGAAGAAGAUGAAUCAGAUGAUGAUAAUAUGUAACACUUCAAGGCCUUUUAAAUUUCUAGCAACAAACUGAUGUAAUUAUAUUUAGCCCUGUGGAUUACCUCCCCAUUAUCCAAUUUUCAUUAAAUUUUUGUCUUGUAAUGAUGUUUGGUUUCUAUCUGCUUGCUUUGUGAAGGUAAUGAAAUUCAUACUCAGCAAUGAAAUAUAGUUUACGUAUAAAGAUUCCUUGUACAUACUACAAAAAGAGAUUCUGAACCAGUCAUUCAUUAUUCAACUCGUUAUCAGUAAUGUCUCAGGAUGCAGAUAAAGAUUUUGUAGAGUGGCUAGAGAAAUAAUAUAGCGGAUAGGGCAUUUGCACACAAGCCUACCCGGGUUUGAUCCCUGGUAUCUUACAUGAUCCCCUGAGCACCAUGAGGAGUGAUCCCUAAGCGCAGAGCCAGGAGUAACACCCCUGGCCAUUGCUGGGCGUGGCCCCAAAAACAACAAAAAAGCAAAAACACCUAAAGUCAAAGAUUUGGUGGAGAGGAGUGGUUGGAUUUUAAGGGUUCAAACUCUCUAUUCUGCCACUAAAAGGUUCUCAAUAUUAAAAAGUCUCAAUGUGCAACUGAUCUGAACCUACCAUUAUAAUCUAAACAGUAAUACUAGAAGCAUGAACAGUUUCAACUCAGGUCACGCUCUUGUUUAUUGCUCUCAUGCCAGUGUCACUCAUUUUACCUGGCAUACUGACCUGUGAUUUUUCUCUCCGUUUUUGGGCCACAUCCAGUAGUGCUCUGGGCUCUGCUCAGAUUCCUUCUGGUGGGGUUCAGAGUAUCAUACUGGGUGCUGGGUUGAUGGAUACAAGGCUAACACCCUACCCAUGUACUAUCACUCUAGUCUGCAAGUAUCAUUUUCUGCUUUUCUAUUUGCAGAUUUAUUAAGAUAACCAAUCUCCAGGCUAUUCUACACUUUCAAUUUUAAUAUGUGAAUGGCACACUAAUUGUGCUGUGUAAGAUAGCUGGUCUUUAAUUCCCAUCAGUAUAUUUGAAAAACUUCCUUUGAAAGGAUAUAGUACUUUCAAGAAAUCUGGAAUUGCAAGUAGCUAAGUCAUGUUUAUUAUAGAUGCCAUAAUUGUCAGGUAAAUAUUCAGCUAUUAUGAAAGCAGACAGUUGAUUUUCAUAUUUACUACACAUUAGAAUAAAAAGCUAGGUCCCAAAUAGCAAUGGCACCAGUAAGAUUACUCUUCUCAGGGCAGAGCAAUAAUAUAGCAGGUAGGUGCUUGCCUUACACACAGCUGGCGUAAACCCUGAGUACUGCUGGGUGUGGUUUCCCUUCCCCAAAAAAAGAUUAGCUUCUGGGAGGAGGGGGUUUGAAAAACAAAAUUUACUUUGACAAGAUCAUAGUUUUUUUUUUUUUUUGAAAGAUGGAAUACUUUAUUGCUGUAAAUCUUCGGAGGAGGAGGGGGUUUGAAAAACAAAAAUUUACUUUGACAAGAUCAUAGUUGUUUUUUUUGAAAGAUGGAGUACUUUAUUGCUGUAAAUCUUCUUGAUACUAGCACCUAAAAGAUAAAAGGAAAAAAGUUUUUAAAGUACAAAGUUUUACACAGAUUCAACAGAACUUACAACAUGAUAUCUGCAAACACUGAAACUUUGUAAUUUGCCUAUAAAUUGACAGGUGGAGAUGGAGGGAACACUGGUGGAGGGAAAUUGAUGCUGAUGGUGGGAUUGGUAUUGAAAUAUGCCUAAAGCUCAACUAUCAAUAACUAUUGAUUAGUUGUUUAAAAAUAUGGCAAAAAAAGUUUUAACAAUUCCAAAUACCUUAAAAGUACAAAAAUACUUAUCUGAUGACUGUUUUACUUCUACUGUUCAAGACACCUGCAAAACAAAUGAGAAAAAUCAAAUUACCAUCAAUGCUUAAUUAACUCAUUAGUAAAAAUAAAAUUAAGCCCAAGCCAGUA